GAUGGGGAGAAAGGGAAUAAAGAGUUGCCCUUCUUGAAACAAGCCCAGAGACACAGUGGGCACAUUCUGGACUCCAGAUGGAAAUAUGAGACCAGGGCCCUACCACCCUCCUGAAUCUUGGAGGGAGAAGGGCACUGUAGUUAAGAGCACAGUCCAUGGAGCCAGCCCAUCUAGGAGUGUGGCUUGUUUUCCUUAUUGUCACAGGGUAAUAAGAGUCCUUCUUGGUAUCAGUCAGGAUCCUAGCAGGAAGUAGUUGGCACAUUAAAAUUAGGAUAGUUAGAGAAGGGUUAUGUAAAGGGAAUAUUUACAAAGGUGUGGGCAGAGUAUAGGGAAAUAAGGGAAAGUGUAGCCUUCAGGGGCUGGUAAGAGUGGGGUCUGAAGGGUUGAGGGGAAGGAAUAGCUACCCUUACUAGACUAAGCGCUUGACUAGAGAGAGCUGCCCUGAGAGAAGCUGUGACCUUCUCCAUGCAGGCAGCCAUAGGUGACCUAUAGGGAGAAGAGCCAUGGGGGAAUAUUUACCUUGACCCCACUCCUCCCUUCUGCCACUGAUGUUGCUCAUUCAGGUCUGCCUCCCAAAGCAGAGAGCAGAGGGAGAUGGGUGGAGAGUGAAGCUAGAAGGGCAAAUGGAAGGUAUCCAGCGCACUAUCUCAUAGUGCUGUGAUGAUAAUUCGAUGUAGUGAGGCACAUAAAUGCUCCCAAAUUGGAGUUGUUGUUUAUAGAAAAAUAAAUUAGCCCCCUUUGGAGAGAGAGAUCCACUUCCAUGGAGCCCUUCAAUGCAAGGAUUGCCUGCAAGGAAUUUGUUGGAAGCAAAAGAAAAUGGAUGCAAUUAAAAAUAUUCAAAGUCAGAAUAAGAUGGAGGUGAAUACACAUUCCUCACAGCAGGCAACAAUGGAUAAGGAAUACAAUCGCAAAUUGGAUGAACUAGCUCUAGCCCUAGCUGAAAAUGCCAUCUCUGCUGCUAUUAAGACCGUGGAAGAAGCUGAAAACCCUGUCAAAAACAUCAAAUGGAUCACACAUGGUGAAUUCACAGUGGAAACAGGACGUACGCAAAUUGAGGAGUUCAUUUCAACUUGGGAAUUUCAAGACUGCUGGGUGCACUACACCGAGUUUGUACGGAGGGAAGACUUAGUUCACACCUUCCACUACAUCUACUGUGUACGCUGGAGCGUCGCAACCGCUCGGAGACCCAUGGCACGAGUCACUGCCGCCGUCCACUUCAUCAUCAAGAUCGUCAAAAGCAAACCUGCUGAUUCACCCAUUGAUGUCUUUUAUGUCUUUGAGGCCCAUACAUUAAUUCACAGACCAGGAACAACUCGCUUUCGAGAAAAAUGGCUGAGAGACAUUAUUGAUGCCAAACAUGUUUUAAUGGAGUCAAUCACCUUCUAAUUAAAUUGUGUUCUAGUCUUAAGGAAUGUUUUAGGAUUGGAUUUCUAAUCAGAAUGCAUUAAAAAUAAGAUACUGCACAUCAAUCCACAGAAUAUUUAUUGAAUAAUAAAUUUGUGGCACACAAUC